ACAAGCUGAAAAUAUCGGCUUAAAAUUAAAUCUUAUUUUCUAUUUACAUUGUUUUUAAUAAAUAAUGUCCAAGCGCAAUAGCGUAGGGGCGACAAAUACGCUAUUUAAUUACUUCACAAAGACUUCACCUUCUAGCAAAAAGGCAAAACCAGCUGCAGAUGAUGAGCCGGUGAAGUUGAAUUCCUCUGUAAAUGGACCGAAGGAAACCAAACCUGAUAAUAAAAAACGUGAACGGCAGCCUACCAAUUCACCUACAGAGCAACAAGACAGCGAUGAUGAGCUUCCAAUUGCUUCAAAGAGAAGAAAGAGGAUCCGCAUUAAUCCAGUGGAUUCUGAUGAUUCAGAUGUAGAAAAUAGAGAAAUUAAAGAGUCGCCUAAGAAGAAGGAAUCCACUGAAAGUAAAUUGCAGAACAGCUUUAAGUUUGAACCCAAACAAUCUCCAAAACCCAGUAAACCGAAAUCUGCUGUGAGCAAUGGAGCUGCAUCACAACCAAAACCAGAGCCUCAAGCAGAAAAAACUGUGAUUGUAGAUGAUGGAAAUUGGACCCACUGCAAGUUGGAGUGGUUGAAGCCCGAGAAAAUCCGGGAUGCUAACAAAAGGAGGCCUGAUGAUCCUGACUAUGAUCCCACUACGUUAUAUGUGCCACCUGAUUUUUAUAAAAAUCAAACUCCUGCUCAUCGCCAGUGGUGGGAGAUGAAAUCAUCCCAUUUCGACUGUGUCCUAUUUUUCAAAGUUGGAAAAUUCUAUGAAUUAUACCACAUGGAUGCUGCAGUAGGAGUUAAUGAAUUGGGAUUUUCUUACAUGAAGGGAGAGUUUGCACAUUCUGGUUUCCCUGAAAGUGCAUAUGCUAGAAUGGCUUCCACUUUAGUGUCGAAAGGGUAUAAAGUGGCGCGUGUGGAACAAACAGAGACACCGGAAAUGAUGCAGGAGCGGUGCAAAAAGACGGGCCAAAACAGCAAAUGGGACAAAGUGGUCCGCCGGGAGAUUUGUCAAGUGACCUUACGCGGGACUCAAAUCUGUGGCCUCCAGGACCAGGGGCCCCCUGAGGCUGGCGCUGCGUACAUGCUCUCAAUAGCCGAAGAGCACAACAACGGCUGCAGUGCGUACGGCGUAUGUUUCGUGGACACUUCCAUCGGUAUGUUCCACCUGGGUCAGUUCCAAGACGACAAGCAUUCCUCACGACUGCUCACCACUUUGGCGCACUACCCACCGGCUUUGAUAAUAUACGACCGCAAAACGACCACGCCUCGCACAAGCAAACUCCUCAGUACACAUUGUCACAGCGCGCGACGGGAGCCCUACCACUUGUGGGCUCCGGAGAAGACGUUGAAAGUCCUCGCGGAGAAGUACUACAGGACGAACGCUGACGGCGACUGGCCAGAGGGGAUCAAACCGUUUUUGAACGAAGGUGACGCUCUAGGACUGACUCCUGCCCAAAAUUGUUACCUGGCCGUCAAAGCGCUAGGAGGGUGCGUCUCCUACCUAACAGACUGCCUUCUAGACAUUCAGAUACUAGGCAUGUCCCAAUUCACCACAUACACGCCACCGGACGUUCUAAAUAAAACCUUAUCGCAAGAAGGCAAGGUUGAAAAUCGCUGGGAAGGCGGCAAUACAAUGGUAUUGGAUGCGAUAACGCUGAGGAAUUUGAGGAUCGUUCAAGAUGAAGGCUGCUUGUAUGAUAAACUGAACUUCUGUUCGACGCCUAUGGGGAAGAGGUGGUUAUACCAGUGGGUGUGUGCGCCUAGUUGCAACCUUGCCGUAAUAAAAGAGAGGCAGCUAGCUGUGAAGAAGUUAUUGGAAGACCAGGAAUUAAGCCAGGACGCGAAGAAUAUUCUCACCACGUUACCAGACUUGGAGAGAUUACUGGCAAAAGUACACGCGAUGGGCAAUCUGAAACGGUCUAAAACCCACCCUGAUUCCCGCGCGAUAUUCUAUGAAGAGAAGACAUACUCCAAACGUAAAGUCCUAGAUUUUGUCUCCGUGCUGAACGGGUUCACUGCUGCGCUGAAACUGACGGAAUUGUUCUCGGAAACAGAUGGGUUGUUGAGAAAGAUCACUCAGUUCAGCCCCGAAGGGAAGUUUCCGGAUUAUAGGGAGACAUUGAAGUUUUUCCAGGAAGCGUUUGACCAAGCGCAGGCUGAGAAAGAAGGCCGUAUCUUGCCCGGGGAGGGAGUUGAUCAGGAGUAUGACAACGCUUUGGCCCUAAUCCGGGAUAUUGAGGACGAACUGAAAGACUACUUGAAGGAACAGGAGAAAUACUUUAAGACUAGGCUAACAUAUGUGGGCACGGACAAAAAACGCUAUCAAAUAGAAGUGCCGCAGUCCGCCGCCAGCAAAGCGGACUCGGAUUACCAUUUAGAGGGUGCUAGAAAGGGGUACAAACGGUACUCCACUAGAGAAACUAAGGAGUUUCUCUCUCGUAUGAUGGCUGCCGAAGAACAGAAGACAAACGUUCUUAAAGACCUCAGCCGGAGAAUAUUCGAGAAGUUCUCGGCUAGUUACGACAAAUGGGAGGCCGCGGUGCAGUGUAUCGCCACUUUAGAUGUAUUGCUUUCCCUCAGCGAAUUCGCGAGACAACAAAGUGGUGAAAUGUGUAUACCUGAUGUCACUUUUGACAAGAAUAGUGAGCCGUACAUCAACAUAGUGGAAGGCCGUCACCCGUGCAUUCCGAUCGCGGAGUUCAUCCCCAACGACACGGCGCUGGGCCCCGGGCCGCGGCUGCUGCUGCUGGCGGGGCCCAACAUGGGGGGCAAGUCUACGCUCAUGCGGCAAGUGGGGCUCAUCACCGUGCUCGCUCAUCUGGGCAGCUACGUGCCAGCCCAGCAAUGCAGCCUCAGCGUAGUGGACCGGGUAUUCACCCGGCUGGGAGCCCACGACGACAUCUUAUCUGGACAGUCCACCUUCCUCGUGGAGAUGAACGAGACCGCCGCCAUUGUUAGCCACGCCAGUCUGCAUUCGUUGGUGUUGUUAGACGAGUUAGGUCGAGGCACGUCCACUUACGACGGCACCGCGAUAGCGUCCGGCGUGUGCGCAGAGCUGGCGCGGCGCGGGUGCCGCGUUGUCUUCUCCACGCAUUACCACUCAUUGGUGAAUCAUCUGUCUUCACACCCGGGAGUUGUUUUGGGGCAUAUGGCCUGCAUGGUCGAAACGGACGAAUCGACACCUGACAGCGAAGACCACAUCCCAGAGGAAACCAUAACAUUCCUCUACAAACUAAGCCCGGGGGCGUGUCCAAAAUCGUACGGUUUCAACGCGGCCCGUCUCGCCGGCAUUCCGAAGGAAAUCACCCGGCGAGCGCACGAAAUCUCAAAGAAAAUUGAAAAAGAGGCCGCCUGUGCCCGCGCCUUUAGAGAUAUUAUGAAAAUGGAAGCCACUGCGAAGGAUGUCAGGGAGUUACUGGCUGGUUUGAGUAUUUAAGUCUUUUUUUAUUCUUUGUUGAUUGUGGAAUGUUAAAUAAUUGCUAGCCUCGUUGGAGACGAAUAUAUUGCUGGUUAAGUUUGCUUUUAGAAUCUCUUUUAUAUGAUUUUGAUCCUUUUAUAAUGUACAAUUGUUUUUAAUUGUCAGUAUUCUCAAGAUUUUGUGAAGUUGUGAUUAGUUUGGAACAUACCUAUAAACCUACCUAUGCUAGAUUGUAUACGUCGAAAGACCUAUGUUCGAUUGUCAAUUUAUUUACUGGACAUUAUAAUUUCCAUUUUAUACCUAAAUGGUAAGUAAUGUCUUUAUGUUUUCCUUAUAUUGUACAUCAAUGGAAUUAUGGAAUUGUACAUAUACAUAUAUUGAAAAAUAUAUGUUAUGCCAUCAGAAUCUUUUUUGUGAUUUUCCAAAAGCCAUUUGUUUGUUGUAGGCUUUAUCACGUAAGUAAUGUUUGUGUUUGGUCACAAAUUGUUAUUGUUAAUUAAAGCGAGAACAGGGUUUCAAUAUAAUUUUUCGUUAGCUCAGUUUUGUUUUCGAAUAAGUUGUUAGUCUGUGAUUAUUAUACGAAGUGAAUCUACCUAAUUUGCCAUUGCUUAAAUGUGUAGCGACUAUUUUUUAUCAGAAUAAAACUGAUUUUAUUUUC